CAUUUGCAAGCGGCCAGUCCCGAUCCGGCCUGCCCCCCUCCCUCCGAGAUGGACGCUGCUUGCAAGCAGGCGCCGCCGAAUCUCCUUUUGCUCCUGCUGGCCGCCCUGAGCGCCGGUGCCCGGGAAGUCCACCUCCCUCCGGGGCCCUUGUACCGCGUGGAAGGGACGUCCGUCUCCAUCCCCUGCAACGUCUCCGAGUACGAGGGCCCCACCCUGCAGCACUUUGAGUGGUUCCUGUACCGCCCGUCGGCCCCCGACAUCUCCAUCGGGGUGGUCAGCACCAAAGACCCCAAGUUCCCUUACGCCAUCUUCGCGCCCCGGGUGCAGGCGGGCAACAUCUCCAUCCAGCGGCUGCGGGGGGACGCCGUGGCGCUGUGGGUCAAGGGGGUGCGCUCGGAAGACGCGGGGGUCUACGAAUGCUACACCCCCACCACCGACUCCAAGUACCACGGGACGUACAGCAGCAAGGUGGAGCUGAGAGUCAUCCCCGACAAGCUCUCUGUGUUGCCGGCUGCUCCUUCUGCCCCGAAGCCCCCUUUCCGCAGCCGGGGGGCUUUGCCCGCCUCUCCGCUGCAGGUGGCGCUUUGGGAAAGCCAAGACCUCCAGCUGACGUGCGCAGUGACCAGCCAGACCCCGCAGCACGUCCACCUCUCCGUCUCCUUCGGCCUGUCCUCCCCCGAUGCCUCCAAAGACCUCCAGGCUCUGCAGGAGGUGAUCGCCGUGCGCAGGGACUUCGCCGUGGAGGCUGGCGAGAGAUUUGCUGAGCGCCACCGAGCGCAAGAGCUGUCGCUGGCCAAGGCGGGCGACCGGCAGUACCAGAUGGUCCUGGGUUGGCUGAGGCCCGAAGACGCGGGGAUCUACCACUGCGUCGCCGGGGAGUGGAUCCAGGACCCCGACGGGAGCUGGCAGCAGAUUGCAGAGAAGCGGGUGGUGCUGGCUCAAGUCACCGUCCGCACCUUGGCCAGCCAGUUGGCUGCCUCCGCCAGCCCCGCCAAAGUCCGCGUCGGCUCUGGAGAAGCCCUGGAACUCCUCUGCAAUGCCUCUGGCCUCCAGGCCUCCCCUUUGCCCCACGCCGUCUACUCCCUUGGCUGGGAAGUGAGCCAGGGCAGUGACGGAGAAGGGCGCCUGGUGGCCCGUUUGGACCCGGACGGGACGCUCGUCCUGGGCGACAGCUACGCCAACCGCGACGUCGGCCGGCGCCAUGUCUCCCUGGAGAAACUGGCCUCUCCCCUGGGCUCCUACCAGCUGCGGAUCGAGUCUGCGCAGCCCAGCGAUGUGGGCUCCUACCGGUGCGUGGUGUGGGCCUUUGUGCGCUCCCCCGGCGCCAAGCUGCGCGAAGUGGCCAGUGUCCGGUCCGAGGCCCUGGCGGUGGACAUGAAAUCGGAAGCGGUGGUGCUUGAGGCCACGGCGUGGCUGCCGUCCGCCACCAUCUACCGCGGGGACACGGCCGAGGUGCGCUGCAACGUCUCGGUGGAAGCCACGCAGGAGAUAGCCCUGGCCCUCAGCUGGUGGGUGGAGCUGCCCGACGAGGGCCCCACAUCUCACGGAGUCCUGCUGGCCUCCGUCAGCCGCGAGGGGGUGGCCGACCUGGCCAGCCGGCCCUCGGGGGGCGCCGUCAGCGUGGACAAAGCCGGACCCACCAGCCACCGCCUGCGCCUCCACGGGGUGCAGCCGUCGGACGAGGGCAAGUACCACUGCGCCGUCACCGCCUGGGUGCGCUACCCGGACCUCAGCUGGUACAAGGCUGGAUCUGCCAAGUCCAACGUGGUCACUGUCUAUCCGUACACGUUGGCCAUCGACACCUUGUUCAUCCCUCUCCUGGCCGGAGUCUCCAGCGCCCUUUUCGUGGGGGUCAGUGUCCUGGUCACCGUCACCUGUUGCUUCAUGCAGAGGCUCCGGAAGAGGUGAAAGCCGGCCGAGAGGAUGGAGGUGAUGCACGUUUGCCAGGAGCUUCCUCUGUCUCCGAUCCUCCGGCUGCCCUCCUCUCCUUGUCGUUGUCGUGCUGGUGAUCCAGUUUCUCUGCAAGCUCCGCGAAGGAACC